UUCCGGAAGAGCAACUGGUGAGAGUUUGAUGGACGAGGAAGCGAUAUUUGUUUAGGUUUAGCCUGAAGAACGCACGUACUUUUUUCAUCACAAAGUCUGCCUCUUUAUAAAUAGUUAACAUGCCUUUAUUUUCCCAAAAUCCAUUUGACCAAGAUGUUGAGAAGGCAACCAAUGAAAACAACACAACAGAUGACUGGGCACUUAUCAUGGACAUCUGUGAUAAGAUUGGAACAACAGCCAAUGGACCAAAGGACAGCUUAAGAUCCAUUAUGAAGAGAGUCAACCACAAAGUGCCUCAUGUGGCGAUGCAGGCCCUUAACUUGCUGGGUGCUUGUGUAUCAAACUGUGGCAAAAUAUUCCACCUGGAAAUCUGCUCAAGGGAGUUUUCCAGUGAAGUGAAGAGCGUUCUUAACAAGGCACACCCUAAGGUAUGUGAAAAGCUAAAGGCUCUGAUGGUUGAGUGGGCAGAGGACUUUCUGAAAGAUCCACAGUUGAGCCUGAUUGGGGCCACCAUCAAGUCUCUGAAAGAGGAGGGUGUCAGCUUCCCAUCCCCAUCCUCACAGGGUUCCAGCACAAAGGCCAACUCAUCUACUGCGAGCAAACCAAUGGAUGAUGACGAUCUCGCCAAAGCUAUCGAGCUGUCCUUACAGGAGCAGAAGCAGCAGGCAGAGACACGCCCCAUGACCAUGACCUCUGACCCUCCAAAUUAUACUAAUGGCGGUGGGGGGCAGGAGGCACGGAAGGUGCGUGCGCUGUAUGACUUUGAAGCAGCUGAAGACAACGAGCUGACCUUCAAAGCUGGAGAACUUAUUCUAGUGUUGGAUGACAGUGAUCCAAACUGGUGGAAAGGAGAGAACCACAGAGGAGUUGGGCUUUUCCCCUCCAACUUUGUCACAACCAAUCUGAAUGCAGAGCCAGAGCCAGUUGCUUAUGUUGAUAACGCGGCGACUCCAGAAGAGACAAGCCUGGAAACCAAAAUAGAGCCUGAGCCCGUCUUCAUUGAUGAGACGAAGAUGGACCGAACGCUGGCACUGCUGCAGAAUACAGAUCCUGCAGAUUCCACUCCUGACUCCCUAGAGCUGAUCCAGCUGGAGGGUGCAUGUGCACAGAUGAACCCACUGAUUGAUGAGAAGCUGCAGGAGAUUGACAGGAAUCACUCAGAGUUAUCAGAGUUGAAUGUGAAGGUUUUGGAGGCACUGGAGCUUUACAACAAGCUCAUGAAUGAGGCUCCAUACUACUCGGCCUACUCCAAGAUGCAGUCACAGUAUCCUCCGGCCAACUCUGCUGUGGGCAUGCAGGGCUACCUUGGACCAGCGGCACCCCCUUAUCUUCCUCCAUCCAUGCCUCAGAUCCCCUCUGCACAGCCCUACAAUCUGCCCAGCGACCAGCCUGGACCUCUACACUCACUACCCCCAAAUGUCUCAGCUCCACCCAACACCUUACCCAACAGCCAAACUGCUCAGCCGCCCUACAUGACCAGUGGUGUGAACGCUCAGUACAUGAGCCAAGCCACAGGAGCUCCUUACCCACCUCAGGCGGGCAUGACCAUGGAUAUGUCAGCCUACCACAACUCCAGCAUGCCUCCUGUGUCCUAUCCUGUAGCAGCUCCCCCUCACCAGGCUCCUCAGCAGCAGGCAGCAUAUUAUCAGCAGCCUCUUCUGUAAAACUAACACAGGGUAGACCUGAGAAGAUACACACUUCAGAUAUUUCAGUUGCUAGCUGUGUGUUCAUUUGGUUUACCUAGCACGCAUGUGUGUGUCAGGUUAUUGCUUUAGGAAAAUUCCUUUGGCUUUUUUUUUGUUUUGUAUUGUUUUUUUGUGCCUAUCAAGCUGAACAGGACACCCUCUGGAAAGCUGAAAUAACUGAUGUGUGUAUGCAACGCAGGUCUGCUAUGCAUCCAAGUCAGGACUCGGCUACUGUAUGUGAGGCUUAACACGGCACCGAGAGUUUUCUCUUAGUCUCCUCGUUUUUCAUGGGUGACUCAAAGCAACGCUGGUUUUCUCAAACAUCAUCAGUCAGUGCAAAGAAGAGUUGGUUUUGCUGUACAGGACCAUGCAACAAGCGGUCAUUGUCUAAUUUGUUUAGGAAAUUAGCAUAUUACAAAUAUUACAUCAACACCAUGCUGUUUCUGAAUUGAACUGCGAGUCUUCUUAUUGGUUAAAGAGGAUUAGACCACACUAGCCUAGAUGAGAUAAAAUGUUAUUUUCUUCUUUGUUUAUGAUCUGUUCACACAACCUUGUCUGCAGACGCAGCAUUUUGGCAGCCCUUACAGCCUAAUACAUUGACGGUGCGAUAACGUGCUCAAGUUGGAAUAAAAUCGAGUAAAAUAUUCCUUGUAGCUCUGAGAGUAAAAUGCAAGCAGCUUCCAAGUCUUGUGCACAAGUGUGGCUAUCAAAAUCUCUUUCCUGAGAUGGAUCGCUGAGAAAGCCAACAAAAAAAUUAAACAGCCUGCAAGCAUGUAGAGUAAAUGUGAAUAAAAACACAAUCAUAUGUUGUAAUGUAGGCAAGGAAAAUGGAACAGUUACUGGUUUGUUUGUUUUUCUUGUUUAAGUCUGCAAGUGGAUUCAUAUGAAGGUAUGAGCCGUUUAUCCUGAUCAUCAUCUUGAUUGCAACACUCAGCUGAUGUAGUUUAUUUAUCUGCAAAGACUGAAUUCGUGAGUUCCAGCUCAGGUGCUCUCUUCAGCACAAACAUGUGCAGGUACUUAAAAGGCCAGAUCUCAGUCCUCAUCACCAGCCACCAACGCUGUAGCUGAUCAGUGUCUCUAACAGAAUUUAGAAGUGCAAACUCUAUUUUUCAAUUGUCAGAUACCUAUGUUAACAUUGUAAAUAAUUCAGAAAUGACGUUCCCAUAGACUCUUUGCCUUGUGCAUUCUAUGGUUACAUUUGACAUAUUUAAUUAUGUGUAUGUGUGUGUGCACAUUUGUUUUUUCUCCAUGUUUGUGUGUGUUUGAAUACUUUCCCAAAAAGAGGUUCGUUGUCAAUGUAAAGCGACACUGAUUUUCUAAGGUUUGGGUGAAUGGAUAAUAGAUAAACGUCUGAAUGGGUUUGGUAGUCUGGUAAAAUGCUGCAUCUCUUCAUGGUUCUAACAUCAUUCUGUCUCUUCUAUGUUUUAUGCAAAUCCACAGUACAUUCUUUAAUGUUUAUGUACUAAAACUUCAUAAUUGUCAUCAGCAUUGCCUGUACUUUGAUUUAUAUAUAUAUAUAUAUAUGUGGAGACAUGAAAAAAGUGGGUAAUUAUUUUUACUUGGCUUCUGCUUUUGCUUUUAUUUUCUUGGCAAAAUGUAAACAGCAAAAUUUAAAUACACAAAAAAAUCUUUAGUCAAACUGAAGAAAUAGACGUUUUUCCCUCCACUUAAAUUAAGAGCUCUCAUACAGUCUUUUGGGCUGCUGCAGUAACUCCACACUUCUAACUUUAGCCAGAACUCAAUUUCUGUUAAGCACCCCUAAUGUUAAAGGCAGUGUAUAUUAGAUGUAAAAUAUCUGGAUUUGUCAGUGACUUUGGCAUUGCACCUUAGCUUUGUAAACAUUUUAUUUUACCACUGAAUGCCUUGUUCUUCUGUAGAAAUCAAACACAACGUUGGGAAGCGACUUCUGUCUCUGAAUCCUCUGGACGUGUAUAAUUGUUUAUAUUUGAAAUAUCCCAGGAAACGUUGUGUCAUCCAGGAUUUUAAAACUGCUUUUGUAACAGAGCAAACUGUAUAAUAUUCU